AUGGAUUCUUCCACCAAAGGAAUGGAAAACAAUGCUGUUGAGGUUAGAAUUUGUAAACCUGCCGGAAACUUAAAUGAGGCACCGGCGUAUGGGCUUUUCCCGGAAAGUCCCAGAAAGUGCGAGAAAAUGAAUCAUUCAAAUUCAAUCCCCAACGGUAUUUGUGGAAAACCGGAACAGAAAGAUUAUGAUGAUCAGGAAGAAGAGGGAGAUCACUUUUCGGAAAUUAAGAUUGCGAAUGGAAGAAAUGGUUACCUCGAAGACCACGACGACGCCGGUUCCUCCUCCUCGAUGACCGAAAACUCGGACGACUUUCAAACGGUUUCGCCCGAAAAGUCCGAGCACGUGAAAUUAGCCGUUGAUACGCCCAAUACAGAAAACAACGCAGGCGCAGGGAUCCUCCGACCUCAUGCGCACCUUCCGAAGCCAGAGGCACCGCCUGGCCUUAACAGCUCACCCCCAGCUUCUCCAAACGGCGACGCUUCAGCUAACCAGAAGUUCGGCGUCGCCAUGCCGGCGAUCGGGAAGCUCAUCCGAGAGAGAAGCAGCAAUUUCUCGGCGGCGUUCGUGAGGAGAUUGUCGUCGCUAAAGGAUAACAACAAUGACACCGAAGAAGAUCCAAAAUCGAAUAAGCGGGACGUGACCGAGUUCAAUCUCUCCGGCCUCAAAGUGACGGUCAAGCUCAAGACCGAGUCUGAUGUUCAUCAGCAACAAGGACAAACACUCAAAGGUCGAAUCAGCUUCUUCUCUCGAUCGAAUUGCAGGGACUGCACAGCGGUGCGAAGUUUUCUGAGAGAGAAGGGACUGAAAUUCGUGGAGAUCAACAUCGACGUGUAUCCAAAUCGCGAAAAAGAGCUUGUAGAGAGGACAGGGACGUCGUCCGUACCUCAGAUAUUCUUCAACGAGAAGUUGUUUGGGGGUCUUGUGGCGCUCAACUCGUUGAGGAACAGUGGAGGAUUUGACCAGAGGUUGAAGGAGAUGCUUAGCUCGAAAUGUCCCGAUGACGCACCUGCAACCCCCGUGUACGGCUUCGAUGAUCCCGAGGAGGAAUGGACGGACCAGAUGAUCGGGAUUGUUAAGGUGUUGAGACUGAGGUUGCCUAUUCAGGACCGUCUGAUGAAAAUGAAGAUCGUCAAAAACUGCUUCGCUGGGAGCGAGAUGGUGGAGGUCCUCAUUCAGCACUUGGACUGUGGGCGUAGAAAGGCAGUUGAGAUUGGGAGGCAGCUAGCCAGGAAGCACUUCAUUCAUCACGUCUUUGGGGAAAAUGAUUUUGAAGAUGGAAACCACUUUUAUCGCUUCCUCGAGCAUGAACCAUUUAUUCCCAAAUGCUUUAAUUUCCGAGGAUCCAUAAGUGAUACUGAGCCCAAGUCUGCGGCUAAAGUUGGCCAAAGGCUCACCAAGAUCAUGUCUGCCAUACUCGAGUCCUAUGCCUCAGACGACAGGCGCCAUCUUGAUUACAUUGGCAUAAGCAACAGUGAGGAGUUCCGAAGGUACAUAAAUUUGGUUCAAGAACUUCACCGAGUGAACCUUUUUGAACUCUCUCCAGAUGCGAGGGUAUCCUUCUUCUUGAACCUCUACAAUGCCAUGGUCAUCCAUGCAGUUAUCAGGGUAGGGCGUCCACAAGGUGUAAUUGAAAGGAGAUCCUUCUUUUCUGAAUUCCAAUAUUUAGUUGGAGGACAUCCUUACUCCCUCAGUACCAUCGAAAAUGGGAUCCUUAGAAACAACCGUAGACCUCCUUAUUCCUUGGUCAAGCCUUUUGGAGCUGGUGACAACCGUACAGAGCUUGCUUGUGCUAAAGUGAAUCCAUUAAUUCACUUUGGACUCUGUAACGGGACAAGGUCAAGCCCAACUGUAAGGUUCUUCUCGCCACAAGGAGUUGAAGCUGAAUUAAGAUUUGCAGCAAGAGAGUUCUUUAAGAAUGGUGGAAUGGAAGUGAACUUGGAGAAGAGGACUGUGUAUCUCACCCAAAUUAUCAAAUGGUUCAAUGGUGAUUUUGGACAAGAAAAAGAAAUUCUAAAGUGGAUCCUCAAUUACUUGGAUGCAACCAGAGCCGGUCUUUUGACACAUCUUUUGGGCGAUGGAGGUCCUAUAAAUAUCGUGUACCAGAACUACGAUUGGUCCAUGAGUUCAUGA